CAUGGCAUGAACAAUGCUGAGAUAUCAUUAAUUGCACGUAACCAUUUUGAUAAAGAGAAAGAAGAUGAAUUCUCAAUCUUCCCCCAUGUGUUCAUGUGUGGAACAACCUUCUUGUCACCAUGGAGACAGACCAUGCUGAAUUAAUUUAUUUUUUUAUAAGAAAAUCAUACAUAUAAUUAAUGAAAAUUGCAGUGGUUAGCUUGUUAAUGAGUUGGAGACUUGGUGGAGAGGAGACAUUGCUUAAAGAAUGCUGAUCAGGUUGUUUAGAUCCAAAUCUCAUUGAGAUUUGAAGCAAAUGAAAUUCCAAAUAUCUCCUUGACUUAUUGAUAUAUAUUGAUUCAGAACUGAUUGAGGAUCACAAACUUGUCAAUCUACAUCUUCCUUUCAUCUUCAACCUCUCUUUUUCUCUUUUUCAGAUAGAAACAUGGUUGGCUUUCCUUCAACCAAGAGUACCAAAUACCAUACUCGCUCAAACAGCUUGCCAUCCCGACCACACCCUCUCUUUUCACAAUGUGAUGAGCACUUGACUAGACUAAGAGAUUAUGAAUCAACUCCUGCCUCAUCAACAUCCUCUAUAAGCCAACAGCUAAGUGGCCUCGAGGAUUUGCACGAAUGUGUUGAAAAGUUACUUUUGGUACCCUCCAUUCAAGAAGCUUUUGUUAGACAUUGUGGAGAGAAAUGGGUUGAUGAGUUGUUGGAUGGAUCUCUUAGGCUGCUUGAUAUGUGCAGUUCAGCCAAGGAUGCUUUGAUCCACACAAAGGAAUGUGUCCGUGAGCUUCGCUCUGCCAUUCGACGAAGAUCUGAGAUGACAAAUGAGAUUAAGAAAUACUUGGCCUCUAGAAAAGUUGUAAAGAGGGCAAUCCAAAAGGCCCUUGAUACUAAUAAGAGCAUCGAAAGAAAAAGCGACACAACAGUUGACGGUAACGACUAUGACACUACAGCAAUGGUUAGUUUGUUGAAGGAGGUGGAAGCAACUGGUCUUAGAAUGUUUGAGUCCUUACUUUUCCUUAUCUCAGGGAAGAAGACAAAGACAAAAUCUAGUUGGUCAAUUCUUAGUGUAAUGAACAGCAAAAGAGAAGUCUGUCCUGAAGUAGAUGCAGAAUUCAAUGAAUUUUCCAAUAUGGAUAAUGCAUUGAACUCUGUUAUAUGCCAAAAGACAAACAAAUGCAAAGAUACAACUCAAGUGUCUGAGAAUGUCCAAAAUCAUCUUGAAAAGUUGGAUCUAAGCACUCAAGAUUUGGAACAAACAACUGAGCGCUUGUUUCGACGUUUGAUCAAAACUAGAGUCUCCCUUCUCAACAUCCUCAACAACUAGAUGAAAACAUUAUGAAUACUGUAAAUGAUAUCAAUUCAGAAGGUGUAUAUUUUUAAGGAAAAGAAUACACAUGUGCUCUUGGCACAAAUUUUGUACAAUGUUGAGCUCAUAAUCAUACUUUUCUUUGCAAUACCUCCAAAUUUCUUUGCAAGAAUCUAACUACUCUUAUCUCAAAAUUGUCUUGAUUCAAUCAAAUCAUGAAAGAAAAAGCAUAUUGAAUCA